GAAGCGGCUCCUCCUCCCACCUCUCCCGAAAGGGCCUGGAUCCAGGGCAUCCCAGGAUGCGUCUGGUGCAGAAGUCCCUGUGCCUGCUGCUGGUGGUCACGGCGUCCCUGGCCCUGCUCUACCUGCAUGUCUGGUCGCCCAAGCCCUACAGCACGGUCGACCUGCGCAACCAGCCAGACCGAGCCCCCGAGCAGCUGCUGGGCGAGCCCUUGCUGGGCCCCUCCAACAAGUUCGCUCAAAUCCCCUUCCGGCUCAAGGAGGAGAUCGUCGAGCUGCUGCCCAGGAACUCCUGCUCGUGCGAGGUGGCGCCCGGCGGGAAGUUGCCCUUCCCCAAGCAGCUCUUCAGCCACCCCUACUCGCUGGAGUUCGCCUCUGCCUUCGGCCCCACGGAGCUGGCGCGGAUCCGCAGCAGCCGGGAACAGGAGUACCAGAGCUACCUGCAGCGGACCCAGUCUCCAGCUGACCAGCUGCUGAUCGUCAGAGCCAACUCCCCGCUGGAGUACCCUGUCCAGGGCGUGGAGGUGCGCCCGCUCCGGACUAUCCUCAUCCCAGGGCUCAGCUUGCAGGCAGCCAGCAGUAAACUGUACAAGGUGACCCUGACGGCCACCCUGGGCACCUUCAACGUGGCGGCGGCGGUGGAGGGGGUGAAGGCGCAGGGCGAGGGGGAGACGUGUCUCUCGCUGUCAGCCCCCCAGCUGGACAACCUCAACCGCCAGCUGCAGUUCGUCACCUACACCAACACGCUUUUCCACCCCAACACCGUGGACACAGUGCAGUUUGCCACCGAUGGGCACCAGGCGUCUUUCACCAUCCGAAUCCGCCACACGCCCACGCCCAAGCUCUAUAACCCAGGUGCCCCGGGCGAUGGUGGAGCAGAUUACAACGUCAGCACCCUGGUCACCAUUGCGACCAAGACCUUCCUGCGGUACGACAAGCUGCGGGCGCUGAUCGCCAGCAUCCGCCGCUUCUACCCCACAGUGACCAUCAUCAUCGCGGACGACAGCCAGCACCCCGAGCCCGUGGAGGGCCCCCACAUAGAGCAGUACCUCAUGCCCUUCGGCAAGGGCUGGUUUGCAGGGCGCAAUCUGGCCAUUUCCCAGGUCACCACCAAGUACGUACUGUGGGUGGACGACGACUUCAUCUUCACGCCCCGAACCCGGGUGGAGAAGCUGGUGGACGUGCUGGAGAAAACCAGCCUGGACCUGGUGGGGGGCACAGUGCGGGAGAUCACGGGGGUCACCAACACCUACCGGCAGAAGAUCAGCGUGCAGGCGGGGGGCGAGGAGGGCGACUGCCUGCAGAUCCGCCAGGGCUACCACCACCUCCUCGAGGGCUUCCCCGGCUGCGUGGUCACCGACGGCGUUGUCAACUUCUUCCUGGCCCGCACGGCCAAGUUGCUGGAGGUGGGGUUUGACCCCCGGCUCAGCCGCGUCGCCCACCUCGAGUUCUUCAUCGAUGGGCUGGGCGUGCUGCACGUGGGCUCGUGCGCCGACGUGGUGGUGGAUCACGCGUCCAAGCUCAAACUGCCCUGGCAGAAGUCGGAGAGCGAGAAGCAGUACGCCAAGUUCCGCUACCCCACCUCGGACGACAGCAGCGUCAGCGUCAAAUACGGCCUCUUCUACUUCAAAAACCGCUUCAAGUGUAUGACGAGCAGCUAG